AUGUCGUCCAUCAUGGAUGAAAGGGUGACUGACGAGAUCGAGGCUCUAGAAGCAAUUUUAAUGGAUGAUGUGGUGAUAAAACGAGUGGGGGAGGUUCCUCAAGUCAUCGAGACCGUCCUCCACCCGUCAACGGGUGACGAUGUGGAGCAGCAGUACGUUUGUGUGACGCUUGUAGUAAAGUUGACACCAGGCUAUCCUGAUAGCAUACCUGAGGUAACGCUUAGGAAUCCGCGAGGCCUCGACGAUGAUAUACUGGCGAACAUCCACGUACAAAUCAGGGAGAAAAUAGCUGACUGUCUUGGAUCACCCGUCAUUUUUGAACUGAUUGAGCUCAUUCGGGAUUGUCUUACGGAAUGCAACUUGCCAAGUGGUCAGUGCAUGAUCUGUCUCUUUGGGUUCUGUAAGGGAGACCAUUUCGUGAGGACCCAAUGCUAUCACUAUUUCCAUAGCCAUUGCUUGGCUCUUCACCUGAUUUCUGGCAGGCGGUAUCAUGAGGAGGAGAAAUCGGUGCUACCAGCUUGGCAACAGGCGACUAAAGAGCCUUUCAAGGAGAUGUGCCCAGUGUGCCGCGUCAUCCUGAUCAACAUCGACGUAGACGCGCUGGCCAAGGCCCCGCCACCGAUGGCCUCGUUCACUGCACCAGCAUUCCACUUGACUGAAGAGUUAAAGGCGCUGCAACGUGAGAUGGCUAAGAUGAUGGCCUACCAAAUGGCCAAGGGUGGCAUCAUUGGGUGCAAUGACCCCGGCCCACCACCGCUCACCAUCACCACUCCUGAGGACAACGAGAAUAAUGUGAAUAACACUUCUCCAACGGCUGCCCCGGAGGUGGUGAAGGCUCCAAACAACAACGCGAUCAACUGCAACGCGCGCCAGACUGGCAACUCCUCCAAUGAUAACUCCGCUCCCGGCUCCCCCGCGCGCCCUGCCUACCGCGGCCCCUACAGGGGUUUCAACCGCCGCGGCAAGCCGGGGCGGCGCGGGCGCGGCGCUGCGCGGUGA